AUGUUUGAUGAUCAAGAUCUGGGUUUUUUUGCCAAUUUUCUUGGCAUUUUUAUAUUUGUUCUGGUGAUCGCUUACCAUUAUGUGAUGGCUGACCCAAAAUAUGAAGGCAACUGAAACUUGUGUGGUACACCCAAACAAGAGUCUUCAUGAUAUUCAAACGGUGUCAAAUUUAGCUUAACCAUGAUGAAAGCCUUAAAUAGAUUGCCUCCAUUCCUUGAUGUUUUGAAUUUCUUUUUAAGGUUUUAGAAUAUAUAGAAUGUGUUCUUUACACUGUUGGAUAAUGUUAUGCGAUUGAUGUGCAAUAUUUUACCCUGGUCAGUAUGAACAAAA